CCUACCAUUUCUUGCUUCUCAGAGAGCGAGAGCUAUCAAUUCCAUUUUUUCGCCGAAUUUCUUUUUUGUGUGUUUCGGAUCUCUUAUUUUAGCACAACCAUGGGCAAGGGUCCUGGCCUCUACUCUGACAUCGGCAAGAGAACCAGAGAUCUUCUGUACAAGGAUUACCAGAGCGACCAGAAGUUCACCAUCACUACCUAUUCUUCCACUGGAGUUGCUAUCACUUCAUCAGGAACAAAGAAAGGAGAGCUGUUCUUGGCUGAUGUUAACACUCAACUGAAGAACAAAAACAUAACAACUGACAUCAAAGUGGACACAAGCUCCAAUCUCUUCACAACUAUUACGGUUGAUCAACCUACCCCUGGUCUGAAGGCAAUAUUUAGCUUCAGGGUUCCUGAUCAAAGGUCUGGCAAGGUGGAACUCCAGUAUUUGCAUGACUAUGCGGGGAUAAGCACCAGCGUUGGGCUGACUGCAAACCCUGUUAUUAACUUCUCAGGUGUUAUAGGAACUAAUGUUGUUGCACUUGGUACGGAUCUCUCAUUUGACUCCAAGACUGGGAAUUUUACGAAGUGCAAUGCUGGAUUGAGCUUCUCCAAUGCGGACUUAAUUGCUUCGUUGACCCUGAAUGACAAAGGUGAUACCGUGAAUGCGUCCUAUUACCAUACAGUGAACCCCUUCACCAACACAGCUGUUGGUGCUGAGGUAACCCAUAGCUUUACAACCAAUGAGAAUACCAUCACUGUUGGCACCCAGCACGCAUUAGACCCAUUGACCACAGUGAAGGCACGUGUGAACAACCUUGGCAGGGCCACUGCUCUGAUCCAGCAUGAGUGGCGUCCUAAGUCGCACUUCACCAUUUCUGGAGAGGUAGACACCAGGGCCAUUGAGAAGAGCGCCAAGGUUGGACUAGCUUUGGCUCUCAAGCCAUGAGUAUCCUGCCCUUUAUGGUGGGGGAGCAUUAAUGUAGGAGGCAUUAGGAGUUUACUUUAGUUUUCUCCUUUUGAACAAGAGUGCAUAUGGUUGUCUUUUCUAUUUUGGAGGUUUUGAAUUGUAAAAUAAAUAUUAGACGGUGUCACAAACCUAUUUUACACACCCUUGAGUUCCCACAAUCUCAUCAGUACCCCAGUUAACUGAGGGGAUGAAUGCCUUUCGAAGAGGUUGACUUCUGAGGUUUUGUACCAAUUCUUAAAUGGUUGUUUUUCAGCAAUUUCUUUUUCAUUUA